AUGGCGAACUUGGCGUUAAAACCCCUAAAGGAUCUUCAUACCUUUAUGGUAAAGAUGGACAGGUACAUUAAUCAGGAGGAAACACUCCAAGCCCUUCUCGGUAAUUCCCAGCAACAACAACAGCCUUCCACCGAGAUGCCCAAGAAAAAGAAGAAUCCCGAGCCCACGCAGGAUGCCGGUCCCGGGGAGUACAAGAAGGCGAAGAAGAAUUUUAGAGAUUACAAGUGGACUCCAUUAAAUGCCUAUCUCACCGAGGUACUUAUGGAACUCAAAAAAGAUUCGAAUUACCAGAGACCGAGACCCAUUUCAGGAGAUCCGCCUCCACUCCUGGCUCACAAAUACUGUGCCUUCCAUGAUUCAUAUGGCCACUUGACCGAGCAGUGUGUAUCAUUGAGACAGUUGAUUGAGAAAUUUAUCGAGAAUGGGAAGCUAGUCCGAUUUCUCGUUAAUGAGAGAAACCAACAGGAGUGGGACCAAUAUCCGCGACCUAAGAGAGAAGAAGAUCGGAAUGAAAGGAGAAACUAUAGACCAAGUCAAGAAGAAAGAAGAAGUAGAAGCAGAGAACCAGCACAUCAGCCUCAAGGAGAAGAAAGAAGAGAAAGGAGCAGGAGUAGAGCUCGGGCGGAGCAGCAAGGGUUCUCGGAUGAUGAUUAUGUUGGAGUCUCACUUCCGCACACAGACGCCCUUGUGGUCACCCUAACAAUAGCAAGUUAUCAGACUCAACGGAUCCUUGUUGACACAGGGAGCUCGGCUGAUAUUCUGUUUAAGUUAGUCUUUGAUCACAUGGGAGUCCCAAGGGAAAAGGUGGUCCCGGUCUCAUGCCAAUUACAGGGUUUCGCUGGAGAAAAGGUGCUGCCUCUCGGUUCUAUCGAUCUCCUUAUGACGGCGGGGACUUAUCCGAGACAAAAGGUCAUCUUGGUGAAAUUCUUGAUAGUUGACAAAGUCUCGGCCUAUAAUGCCAUUAUCGGAAGGACAGCUCUCAACGACUUAAAAGCUGUGACCUCAACACCGCAUCUCAGUAUGAAGUUCCCGACAGAAGAAGGAGUUGAAGUGGUUAAGGGAGACCAGAAGGAGGCUAGGCGUUGUUACAACUUAUCCCUGAAAGACACCCCGAGGCAGCACAAUCUGGGUGAGAAAGCUAAGGAGGACGGGAAAUAG